CUCCAUCCCCCAAAAGAAACUUUCCUCCCUCCUCCUCGGCGCAGCGCUUCGGCGGACGCGGGCGCGCCGAUGUCCCGGCAGAGCCGCCCGGAGCCGCGCCGCCCCGAUCCGCCGCCAGAGGUGGGUGAGACCUCACACCCUUCACCUGCAGCCCCCAGGAUUGAGAAGCCCUCGGAUGAUGCUGAGUCCUGCACAGCGCUGCCCAAUGGCACCACAGCAGCCAGGACGGAGCUCGUGGGCACUCCCGAAGCUGUGACAUGCCAGCCCCAGAUGCGAGCAGCCACACAGGCCCCCAGCCCCUGCACCCACCUGCUGCAGAACGGGGCUGGACAAGGGCCGGAUCCAGGUGGGAACACGGGGAACGGGGUCUUUCGCCCUCUGCCCAGCUCCCAGAAGCCUCACCGUAAGCUGCAGUCCCACCACUCCAUCAACAGCCAGAGCAGCAAGAAGAGCAAGGGCAGCUCCAAGUCAGCUUCAUCCCACAUCCCUAUUGAGGCGCAGGAAGACUGCUGCGUCCACUGCAUCCUAUCCUGCCUCUUCUGUGAGUUCCUGACCCUCUGCAACAUCGUGCUGGACUGUGCCACCUGCGGCUCCUGCACCUCCGAGGAUUCCUGCAUCUGCUGCUGCUGCUGCAACUCGGGCGAGUGCGCGGACUGCGACCUGCCCUGCGACAUGGACUGCGGCAUCAUCGACGCCUGCUGCGAGUCGGCCGACUGCCUGGAGAUCUGCAUGGAGUGCUGCGGGCUCUGCUUCUCCUCCUGAGGGCCAGAUCUGGGGAGAGGGGACCGUUCCCAUCCCCUCCUGCAGGCUCCCCAGCAGAAAUUGUGGAAACCCAGGCGUGAAAUGCCAAAAGACGGAGCCCGGUGAGGAAGGAGAGUGCUGCCCCCCCACCCCGCUGCAAGCCUCAUCCUCAGAGCUGGUGAGCCUGCUGGAUCCUGCCUGGGGAAGGGUGAAUCAGCAAGGCUGGGGGCGGCCAUAGCACUCUACCUCUUCCCCACGCCCGGGGUUCAUGGGAGCAUCCUGCCACCUGAGCCGAGCGCAGGAGCUCCCACCCCACACUGUCCCAGGACGCUGCUCCAGGUGCUGUGCCAUGCUUUGGGGUGGCCCAGGGCAUCCUCACUUCCUGGAUCCUCCAAGGCUGGGUGCAGCAGAACCUUCCACCCCACAGAGAUGGCCUCUGGAGCCAGGCUGUGUGGGUGGGCGCAGCCCCCAGCCCCUCCUCGGUGCUGACAUUGGCAGCCAAGUGCAAUAACCAGCCUGCAGGGGGAUUCCCCCACAGCCAAGUGCCUUCAUCCCCACCCACUCUUCCUGCAGGACUGGAGCAGCCAUGCAAGCUGUGACCAACCCCAAGUGCAUCCCUCACUGGGCAGCUUGGUGCAAAAUGACCCCCAGCAGCUGCUGGCCCCCGUCCCAUCACUGCAGGGACAGGGCUGGUGGCUGGAGGGGGGCAGAGAACACCCUGUUGGAGGGCUGGGGAGAAGGGGAGGAAGAAGAAGUGUCAUGGUAUUAUUAUUAUUAUUUUGUCUUU